GAUUAGAGUUGUCAGAUUGUUGCAGAACGUCAGAGUGUCGUCGGUCACAGCCGGGCAGAUGGAAGCAGAGGGGCAAAGUGGGGUAAAAAGUUGAUUUCUCCGCGAGAGGAGUCGGAGGAAAGGGAGGCAUGAUAAAUGUAAACAUUCAAAGGGCAUGUUUUAAAAGGUACGGAUAAUCAUACAAACGUGGCAGAGGAUAAUACGGACGUUUCUUUGACAUUUCGACAGACUGGAUGGAUAUUGCGCGACAGAAUUACAGUUACUAUAGGUGCCGUGCAUAUUGAACGUUUCGUCUCAACAUUGGGUAUACGAUGUUGGCGGAUGCAAAAUAACGCGAUGUUUCAUGACUUUAUGACAGAAGCGUGAACGAGGCAGAGUGAACGAUGAGCCGCCCUAAAUGGGACGUGCUGUGGUCCCCCUUUCACUCGGACCGAUUUAUCACAUGGGACAGCGAUGCGUUAUUGAAUCUUUACGAGAUCGGACCGCGUGAGAAUAGCGUGCGGGACGAUCAAACUUAUCUGCAGAUUUCGGAGCAUUCCAUUGCCGAGCUGGUCUGUUCAAUUACCAUCAACAGUUAUGCGAAAUGUGUUGAUAUAUAUCCACAACCGGAGCUAGAAAUCGUAGCCAGUGGUCACGCGAAUGGAAAGAUAGUCCUUAGUACCCUUAGCCCGCCAGAAUUUGAUUACCAGGGCUUGGUGGGCAGAGAGUUUUUCCCAAAAUAUAUGCGAUCAUGCAAUGUUGUUGCCUGGAAUCCUGUGGAUACUCACCUGAUCAUGUCAGGUCUGGACAAACACAGCAAGGAGCACUCUGUGUUGCUUUGGGAUGUGCACCAUUGUCCAAAAGGUUCGGAACGGCCAAUAAUAGAAGCUGGCAUAUCAGAGACUGUACAUUCCGCCGCUUGGUUCAAACAUGAACCAAGAUGUUUGGCCCUCGGAGUUAAUAACAAACAAUUGAAAGUUAUAGAUUUCAGAGAUUCUGCAAAGGUGGUAAACGUUACUCCUACAAAAGCAAUAUAUAAUUUGUCGGUUAAUCCCCAUAAUAAUUAUCAGCUACUUUCACACGUUGACAAUCUGAUAACAAUUUGGGACACUCGAUGUUUUGAGAAACCGAUCGUUACUAUAAUGCCGCUACGGCAUGUUACAAAGGUAUUGUGGUGUCCCACUAGACGAAAUUUAAUUGGUACAUUACAAAAAGAUUCAGUUGGCUUGCAUCUAUUUGAUAUUCAGUAUUGUGGAGCUGAAGAUACUGAGCCUGGUGUUUUAGAAAGAGUGGUUCUACCACCAUGGCACAGUCCCGUAAGUUUUUCAUGGCAUCCGACUGAUGAGAAUCGAUUGUUGGCAAUAUCACUGCAAGGUGUAACCGAUUAUACUGUAUCUGAGAGAAUAACGCUCAAUUGGUCUGCUCGGUCAUGCCUUAUGUGGAAUUGCGCUUUUAAAUCAUUUAAAUAUAUACAUAGUGAAGAUAGCGUUUAUAAGGAAUUAGAGGAUAUCUCGGUUUUAACUAAAAGGCGUGCUAUGUUCGAAUAUGGCUUGCUUCCGGAGUUAGCUCACAAUGGUGAUAUAGCCGAGAACGAAACUUUAAAGAAUUUAUGGCAAUGGUUAUACCUUAGUCGUUCUUUAGUAGAAGACGGCACUGUACAGAGUCCUGAUACUAAGCAUCCCGGUGUGAGGACAAUUUUGAAAUUGGAUCAGCAAAAUUCAAUUAAUGGUUUAAAAACAGAAGUGAUUCAUCGUCCGUGGACGGAUAUAGGUACUGGUUAUAUGACAAAAGUUUACAGAUCACCGGACAGAGAAAGAUGUCUUCUUCUGUGCGGUUUGCGAUUUGACAGAGAGACCAAUACGGCAUAUGAUAAUGCGUAUCUGGAGAAGUUAGAGAAGGAAGGCGCAUAUGCGAAAGCAGCCGCGUUUGCAGUAUUUAAUCUCUGCCUAAGGCAAGCUAUAGAUAUCUUAAACCGAGGUGCCAGUAAGAAACAAACGGCUAUUCUAAAUAUGGUAGCUAUGGCAUUGUCAGGUUUCUCUGAAGAAAGUACUACAUUAUGGAGAGAGUCGUGUCAAAAAUCUAAAUCUCAAUUAUCAGAUCCUUAUUUAAGAGCAACAUUUGGUUUUUUGACCGCCGAUAACGAUUUCUAUGAAAGUGUACUUAAUGAAAAUGGCAUGGCUGUCGAAGAUCGAGUAGCAUUUGCUCUCAUGUUCUUAUCGGAUAAUAAACUGCAUGAAUAUUUGAAAAAAUUGACCGAGAAGAUAAUUGAAGAUGGAGAUCUAGCGGGCUUCUUAGUUACAGGUUACGAAAAUAUGUUUUCUAUUUUUAUGAAUUUAAUGUUAACUAUGUGCUCAUUUGUAAUGUAUUGUCGCGCUUUAGGUGUUAGUAUAGAAAGUAUACAGUUAUUGAGUAAAUACUUGGAAAUUACCUCAGAUGUUCAGAGUUGUACUCUUAUUGCUAUUAGAACUUUUCCGCCUAAAUUGCUUCAAGAGAAUCAAGUUCAAGUAUGGAUUACGAGUUACAGACAUCUUUUGAACGCGUGGAAAUUAUGGUUUCAAAGAGCUAAAUUUGAUAUUGUCAUGAGAUCCUCGACACCACAAGAAAGACCGCCACAACAAAUACAUAUAUCUUGUCACUUUUGCGGCAAAAGUAUAUCUGCUUCCAUGCAAGGACUGAGUAGGACGAGAGUCCCAUUUGGUAGAUUAGGCAGUACGCCUAACAAAUUAAAGAUGACGGCUUGUCCAAAUUGUCGCAAACCUUUGCCACGUUGCGCAAUAUGCUUGAUGCACAUAGGCACCGUUAGCGGACUGCAAACAGCUCCAAGUCCUGGUGGUACCAGGAACGAGGAAUGCAAUGCUAAGCUUACGGAAUUUAAUAGCUGGUUUUCAUGGUGUCUAACAUGUAAACAUGGAGGACAUAGCGAACAUAUAGCUCAAUGGUUUCGGAGACUCAGAUGACACAAACAUUGUUCUAUUCUUCGUUGUAUUUCAUGGAAAACAAAAAUAGAACGACAUUCGUGUCUCCUACAAGAAAAGCAGUCAUUUUCUAUAUGAAUAUUUGUAUACAUUUCUCAGUUCCUUAAACUGUGCGCAAAUAAAAUAUAUAUAUAAUCAAUAUA